AUGGCGGCUUCACCGGCCGGUGGUGGUCAUUCCAUCAACGUCAAUGACCCUACCUUGAUUGCCCUUGUCAACAAACUACAAGACGUCUUCAACACAGUUGGCGUCGCUAAUCCCAUAGAUCUACCUCAAAUUGUCGUCGUCGGCUCUCAGUCCAGUGGCAAGUCCUCUGUAUUGGAGAAUAUUGUUGGCAGAGAUUUCCUCCCUCGUGGUGCCGGUAUCGUCACUCGUCGCCCUCUUGUCCUUCAAUUGAUACACAGACCUGUCCCUGCCAAACUUCAGACGAAUGGAGUCUCGGAGGCUGAUCUCAAAGGCAGCAGUGAUGCGCUGGCAAACGUCGACGAAUGGGGAGAGUUUCUGCACUUGCCAGGACAGAAAUUUUACGAUUUCAACAAGAUCCGAGACGAAAUUGUAAAGGAAACCGAAGCCAAGGCAGGUCGCAAUGUUGGCAUCUCCCCAGCGCCCAUCAACCUGCGGAUAUAUUCUCCCAACGUUCUCACGCUGACCCUGGUUGAUUUGCCUGGUCUGACCAAAGUGCCAGUGGGUGACCAGCCAAGGGAUAUCGAGCGGCAGAUCAAGGAUAUGGUUCUCAAACAAAUCUCGAAGCCAAAUGCCAUCAUUCUCGCCGUCACCGCUGCCAACGUGGAUCUGGCCAACUCAGAUGGUUUGAAGCUGGCCAGAGAAGUGGAUCCUGAGGGUCAACGAACAAUUGGUGUUCUCACAAAGAUCGAUCUUAUGGAUACUGGUACCGAUGUUGUUGACAUUCUUGCCGGAAGAAUUAUUCCACUACGACUUGGCUAUGUCCCUGUGGUCAAUAGAGGCCAACGAGACAUUGAGAACAAGAAACAAAUUGGUCUGGCUUUGAAGGCAGAGAAGGAGUUCUUUGAGAAUCACUCCUCUUACAGAAACAAGGCAUCAUACUGCGGUACUCCUUAUCUCGCCCGAAAGCUCAAUCUCAUUCUCAUGAUGCACAUCAAGCAAACUCUACCCGACAUCAAAACUCGCAUUGCUACAUCCUUACAGAAAUACAGUGCUGAAUUGGAACAGCUUGGCAGUGGUGAUAUUUUGGGCAACAGUCCCUCAAAUAUCAUACUCAACAUCAUUACCGAAUUCGCCAAUGAGUAUAGAACAGUUCUAGACGGCAACAGUGCAGAAUUGUCCAGUAACGAACUUUCAGGUGGUGCCAGAAUUUCCUUUGUCUACCAUGAAUUAUAUUCAAAUGGGAUCAAGGCGAUUGACCCCUUCGAGCAAGUCAAAGAUAUCGAUAUUCGGACCAUUCUAUACAACUCAUCUGGUUCAUCUCCAGCACUCUUUGUCGGAACCACCGCUUUCGAAUUGAUCGUGAAGCAACAAAUUCGACGACUAGAGGAGCCAUCACUCAAGUGUGUCUCCCUCGUGUACGACGAACUAGUGCGUAUCCUUGGUCAGUUGCUGCAGAAACAACUCUUUAGGAGGUAUCCCGGGCUCAAAGAACGAUUCCAUUCGGUGGUCAUAAGCUUCUUCCGAAAAGCUAUGGAUCCAACCAACAAAUUGGUCAAAGAUCUUGUGGCCAUGGAGGCAUGUUAUAUCAACACUGGUCAUCCAGACUUUCUCAAUGGGCAUCGUGCGAUGGCCAUUGUAAACGAUAGGCAUAACGCCGCCAAACCCACUCAGGUAGAUCCCAAGACUGGAAAGGUACUUCCUCCAUCUAUCCCACCAAGAGCAGGGUCUCCCAGUCUCCCCACUGAUGGCGGCGACGGCAAUUCUGGCUUUUUCGGCUCCUUCUUUGCUAGUAAGAACAAGAAAAAGAUGGCCGCCAUGGAACCACCUCCAGCCACCCUAAAAGCCAGCGGAACUUUGUCCGAACGUGAAAAUCAAGAAGUUGAAGUGAUCAAGCUUUUGAUCAACAGCUACUUCAACAUUACUCGGAGAACCAUGAUUGAUAUGGUGCCAAAGGCGAUCAUGUUGUCGCUCGUACAGCUCACCAAAGAUGAAAUGCAACGAGAACUCCUUGAACAGAUGUACAAGACACAGGAACUCGAUGAUCUCCUCAAAGAAAGCGAUUACACUGUCCGACGGCGGAAAGAAUGCCUGCAAAUGGUUGAGAGUUUGGCCAAAGCUAGCGAAAUUGUCAGUCAGGUUCAGUAA